AGGGAAGGCAUGAGUGACAGACCCGCAGCAAGGCGGUGGGGUAAGUGCGGACCGUUGUGUAGAAGAGAGGACAUCAUGGUGGCUUUCAAAGGAGUCUGGACUCAAGCUUUCUGGAAAGCAGUCACAGCAGAAUUUCUGGCCAUGCUUAUUUUUGUUCUCCUCGGCCUGGGAUCCACCAUCAACUGGGGUGGAACAGAAAAGCCCCUACCAGUGGACAUGGUUCUCAUCUCCCUUUGCUUCGGACUCAGCAUUGCCACCAUGGUGCAGUGCUUUGGCCACAUCAGCGGCGGUCACAUCAACCCUGCUGUCACUGUGGCCAUGGUGUGCACCAGGAAGAUCAGCAUCGCCAAGUCUGUCUUCUACAUCGCAGCCCAGUGCCUGGGGGCCAUCAUCGGAGCCGGGAUUCUCUACCUGGUCACACCACCCGGCGUGGUGGGAGGCCUGGGAGUCACCACGGUUCAUGGAAAUCUUAGUGCUGGCCAUGGUCUCCUGGUGGAGUUGAUAAUCACAUUUCAGUUGGUGUUCACUAUUUUUGCCAGCUGUGAUUCCAAACGGACUGAUGUCACUGGUUCAAUAGCUCUAGCAAUUGGAAUUUCUGUUGCAAUUGGACAUUUAUUUGCAAUCAAUUAUACUGGUGCCAGCAUGAAUCCUGCUCGAUCCUUUGGACCUGCUGUUAUCAUGGGAAAUUGGGAAAACCAUUGGAUAUAUUGGGUUGGACCAAUAAUAGGCGCUGUCCUGGCCGGUGGCCUUUAUGAGUACGUCUUCUGUCCAGAUGUUGAACUCAAGCGUCGUUUUAAAGAAGCCUUCAGCAAAGCUGCCCAGCAAACAAAAGGGAGCUACAUGGAGGUGGAGGACAACAGGAGUCAGGUGGAGACUGAAGACCUGAUUCUAAAACCGGGAGUGAUGCAUGUGAUUGACAUUGACCGAGGAGAGGAGAAGAAGGGGAAAGACCCAUCUGGGGAGGUGUUGUCUUCCGUAUGA